GUGCUUAUAGAUCGCGCGGCGACCAGUGAGUCUCGAAGUGCCGGUUCGCGCGGACGCCUGCACGUCGCCGCGAGAGAGAGACGCGUAUACACGCUUACCCGCACUCUGACACGCUAGAGCGAGACGCAGCGCAUCGACGUUUCAACAGAUACGGCAACGGUCCAUCAUGUGCUACUUCAGCAUAAUAGUGAUCAUAUUCGAUGUUGUGCGUGUGUGAAGUGAGUGUGUGUAUGUGACCGAGUAUCUGAUGAUCCGGCGGCUGGAUAGUGGCCGUCAAAAUGAAGACGCAUCGGGUUUGGAAUAUACCCCUGUUUCUGCACAUGAUGGUGGUGUUAGUUGCCGGCAUGUCAGACGUGUGGGUGGACCUGCGGAUGCCGCGGUUCGUCGUGCACCAGCACAACGCCACACUCCACUGCGAUCACAACGUCGACGCAGACUCUAUUUAUAAGGUUGUGUUCUACAAAGAUGCGAAGCACUUCAUGAGAUACAUCAGAAAUCGAGAUCCCCCGUAUGAGAUCGUUCCACUAACUGGAGCUGUUAUUGAUAUAGCAACCGUAUCCUCUACCACUGUGACGUUAGAAAAAUUAGAUUUCCCGGCGUCAGGAUCAUACGCUUGUGAGAUUGCCUUAGAUUCGCCUUUAUACUCAAAAGUCUCUAGAGUAUAUGAGCUUAAUAUUAUUGUGCGUCAGAGGUAUCGACCGAAAAUAAAGAUUAAAAACAAACGUUUUUCACCUAAUGACUUUCUGGAUGCAACCUGCCACAGCGCCCCCGCGCACCCCGCUCCGCACCUCACCUGGUUUAUAAAUAAUGUCAAGGUAGACGAGAAGUUGACGGUCCCGCACGGCACGACGCCGGUGCACCGGCGGCACCACGGCAUGCAGCUGAGCCUCACGUCGUCCUCGCUGCAUUUCCCGUUGUCCGAGCUCGAACGCACACCCAAUCAGACUGUCGACAUCACCUGCCUGAGUACCAUCCCUAGCUACGCGAGCGUGGUCGACGGGUUCGCUGAUAUUCAAAAUCACACAAUUUCCAUGAACGUGUUUCGCAUCGAGCCUGCGCCCACGCAGCUGCCUGUGAUGAUCGUGAGCCCCGAGAACUCCUCGUCCCGAAGGCACGCCGCCCGUAUAAUAAUCGUCUUUAUGUUCUUGGUGUAUCUUAUCUAACUUGUAACACUUCAUCGCUGUAGUGAAUACAUAGAAAUAACUGUGGUAGGAAUUGAAUGUAUUGUCGGAAGCAAUGUGUUUUCAUUGGUAUAUUAAUUUAUUUUUUAUUAUAGAUAUAUCUAUUUUACUCUAUUAUAUCUAAAGAGGCAAAUACUUUGAGAUACUAAAUAAUAUUAUGGACAAUUACUCAAAAAUGCAAUUAAAUUAGUAUUGAAAAACAGUGUUGUGAAAUGACUACGUACCUAAUGUAUUUCUAUUUAAAUUGAGCUUAUUAAUAGCAUCAUCAUAAAGCUAUCAAGCACCAAGAAAUGGUACUUGUGACUAUUUGGUUUACUGAAUCACUCUGUUUGCUCGUCACUUUUGAUGGGGAGCUUCAUGAUAUCUUUUGUAAAUUUAAAAUUUUCACUUUCUUACGCAAUUAUGAGACUGAAUUAGGAAGUUAGCGAUUUUAAAAUGACCUAACCAGCCCUAUCCCAAAAGCUAGAAGUCCCUAUACAUGUCCUUACUUACCUUAUAGAAUAGUAUUGUGGCAAAAGCCAUGUUAUAUCUAGAUAUAAAUGCCGAACACAAAUCAUAUUUUAAGCAAAAAAUAAAAUGUAUCAAUUUCAUUAAGAAAAACUGUAUAAACGCAAUAUAAAUCUGGUAUAAAAUAAUGGCAAUGCAUAACCACUCGCUCCUUCAUUACUGAGCCUCUUAUUUUUUAUGGUUGUAAUAUUGAUUCAUUAUAUGUUUGUCUUUUGAUGUCAUAAUAUGGGUGUUCGCUGUUAAUCAUAAUAAACCAUAUGUAGGAUAAUGAAUUGUAAGUUUUGUUUAACUUUGUUGCCGAUUAUUAUGAUACAUUUUUUAAUUGAAUGUUUAUAUCAGCUUAGCUAUUUUAAGUGAGAUCUAGGAGCAAUCGUGUAACAAAAACAUAUCAUGACUAGGAGUGAGUAAUUUGUAUCAAAUUUAUAUGUGUUGUGGGGUGAAAAUGGAAACAAAUGAGAUAAUUAUAGAUAAAUGCUUCUUGAUAGGCACUAAAUAAGUGUUUGUCAACAAAUGUUACUGUAAAGAUUAUGAGCAAUUCUACAUUUGUGCAUUUGUUUUGUAUGCGAAUUAGGGCAUUUUUGAAAAUUUAACCCACAACUACGCAAAUGUCACUAAGAACGUAAUAGAACGCUAAUUACUGUUCCGUUGGUUACACCUGUUUACUUACUGUUUUGCCUUAGUGAAGCUGCCCUUACGUUUGAGUACACAUUGAGUGCCGGGAACCCGCUCGGCGGGUUCUCUGUUCGUAGUCGCUUUGCUCUACAAAGCGGGAAAACUCUGGGAUCGGCUACGAACGUAACGCUACAAAAACGAUGGCAGUGAAUGUGCUAAAACAACAUUAGAAAUUUAGAUAAGAUAUCUAUCACGCCCAGACCGCGUAAGCUGUUGCCAGCUUUCUCAUGUAGAUAUUUUUGCAUAAAACAAUGAAAGGCCGAUGCUGAAUGUGUCAUUAAAGUGAUUAAGUAGGUAUAUUAUUGAUCGAUAAUGAUAUAUCAUGACCGUGGAAAUCAACUUUUUUGGACACCUCGCCACUGAAAAAAAAAUUUCGUAAUGCAUAUUUACGACAAAUAAAUAAGGCUUUAUGCUACAAAAAUGAAAAUGAUACAAUAAAAAGCAUGUCAUCGUGGAGUUAACACUAAUGUCUAAUAAGUGAAAGAAAUUCAAUUGUACGUGUUCUGUUUGUAUAGAAAGGCAAAUGAAUAUUAAGAAAUUCUCAAAUUUUAUUAAACUCACAUGUAGGCAUUAUGAAAUAGGUAUGUUACGGCUCCUGCUUGCUACCUUCAUUUAUAUUAUAAUGCUGAAUAUAUUUACAAUCAAAGAUAAAUUGUAAUGCUUAUACCUUAGAUGCCAUUUUUUAAAUAAUUAACUACGACGCCACAAAAUUAAAGUUUUUUAAACUUUAGUAACAAUAGUUUAAUGACAAUUACAUAAUGAUAUUCAACAAAAACGGUUUCUUUCAAACAAUGAAUGUUUUACGUUUUAUACUUAUUUAUAUUUAGCAAAGCUUGAGUCACUACAUAUUCAAUCCAUAGAAACCAAAUACUUAGCGAUUCAGACAAAAAGUAGGUAUGUGCCUACGUGAAACCUAAACAUACCUAAGUAGGUAUCUACAAGUGUAUAUAUAAUUGCCGUUUUAAUCACCACGUUACACCGUAUUUAUUACUAAAAUUCCCCUAAAAAUUAAGCUUAAAUAUAAACAUACCUUACAUUUAAUCAAUAAUUUGACAGUAAUGUGCUCCACAACGGCUAAUUUGAACAUAAUGCUAUACGAAUAUUGCUUUUAUACGUAAUUAUUACAAACGGGUCAAAAUAAAAGCCGGUGGCGUUAGUAAUAAUGUUCGCGCUGAUGUUUCCUUAGAGAAUCACGUGGCUGUAUGUACUGUAUUUCUAUAUUGAUGAAGAAAUUCAUGCAGGCUAUCGAUGUCUUCCUUAUUGCUAUACACUCUUUUUAUAAAUUUUAAGUAUACUGUAAGUUAGAUUGUAUAAUGAUUAGAACUGUGAAUUACAAAUGGAUAUGAUAAAAAUAUUUUAAAUUAUGUACUACAUGGACAUCAAUGCUUAUUUAAUAGCGUUGUUAUAUUUUAGACUAUUAAUGUCAAUUACAUAUAGGUAGGUACCUACAAAGAGUUGGUAACUGACCGCUAUAUUUGAAGUUUAAAUUCAUUUUUUUUUUGUAAAAUCCAGAAAACUGGGCCGAUGUUGGAAUGUUUAAUCGAGUCAAUCAAAUCCCGACUCAAACAGCCCUCCACUGGAUGUGAAAUAUAUGUGAAUUUGACUCAUUAAAGUUGCAGGUGUGAUAUGCGCACCACCGUAUACUUUCAAAUAAAUUUAUAAGGAAAGUUAACAAUUAGGCAUAAUAAUAUGUAGUACACAUAUAUCUAGCAUACUGUCAUUUUGAUGAGUGAAAUCGUCCCGCAGAUUUCUCAACAGUGGCAAGAGAGCUUACGAAUGUUUAUGCUCCAAUUAUAUAUUUGGUAAAAUGGAGUCUUAAUAUGAAUAUCAUUCGUAUUAUUUAAAAUAUUUUUAUAUUUAUUUAGUAGUACAUAAUUAAAAUCUUGCUCUAUGCAAAUGAGAACUCUUCUUAAUUAAUUUUAAUUACUUUUCCUGUACAAAAAUAUUUAAAUAAUCAUGGUAAAGUAACUCCAUGAAAUUUGCUACUAUUUUUGACAUUCUGCACUAAAAUAAAACAUCAUAUAUAAGUUAUUAUCACUUAUAAAAACCGGUAACUUAUGGAAAAUUUUAUACGUGAAAAUAUAACAAAUAUAUAUACUUUUUCAAUUUUUAUUUCCAAUUAAAAUAAUUGGAACAACUUUAAUGAAUGCCUAUGAAGUGGAAGAUUCGUUUAAUCUAUACGUAUCUAUUUUAAAAACAUGGCAAAGAUAGUAUUGGAAAAUUGAGUAGGUAGGUAUAAUUUGUCGUUAUGAAACCAAAAUUGUUGGUGUGAAUAAAAUAUAGAUGUUUAUUGGUCGUGUUAAAAUUGUAUUAUUUUUUAGGUAAAUGUAAAAGAUCUUUAAAAAAAUACCCACUUGGUUUUAAAUUAAAUUUAUAAAUAUUAUGUAGUUAAUCAAACAUUUAUUCGCACCCACUUACAUAUUAAAAUAAACAUGGAAUAUUCAAAACACAAUUUUACGUUGAAAAUACCUACAACUCAAAAUGAAAGCCAACGUUUAUACUUACAGAGCCUAGGUAAUUAGUAUUUAUUAAGUCUGAUAAACUGAACGAGAUUUAAACUAAAUAGAUAAAAAUCUGAUCACAUCAAAUACUUAGAAAGUUCAUGUCUAGUGUAUAAGUAAGUCAUAUGCAUACGGCUACAUUGUGUAACGAACGCCCCAAACGCAUUGUUAGACAUACUAAACUUAUACAUACAGGCACUACUGAGUAACAGUGUUUGAUGUUUAAGAAUAACUUCUUGAAGUAUCCUCUGAUUUAUUUAAAAUGUAUUUUAUCUUUCAAUUUAGUUUCAAACAGAGACAAAGGAUAUCCGUUUGCAUAGCCUAAAUGUUAUUUUACGUGUUACAUUGUGUAUGUUUGUACCCAUAAAUUGUCUACGUAUUUACAAGAUGUGGAAUUUUAUCUCUUUAUAAUAUAAAUGUAUAACGCGUUCGAUUUACACAUGAA